UAUUGAAUGCUAUGUGCACAUGUUUAAACAGAUGGUAUUAUUUUUAAAGUUUAUAUGUUAUUUUCUUUUUCAAAGUUAAAAGUGUUAUUUUAACCUAGUCAAAUCUAUGAUAGCAUGCGUAAAUAUGUGAGCUUUUCACUUGUUUAUUUUAUUUUUAAUUUAAGAGGAAGUUCUACAUAUUUUGCAAAGAGUAGCUUGAACUAUGGCAUGCGGCUAUCUACGGUCGGAUGGAGUGAAGGCAGAAGAGAGUUCGAGCCGACAAGUGGUCCUCUACCAGAACCUGAGAGAGAGGUUAAAGGAGAUCGCUUUGUACUUGAGGGCCGUUCGCGAGUGUCUUCAGGGAAUGAAGAACGUCAUGGCACAAAUGAAGGACCAAGAAUAGAUUCUGUAAAUGACACUCAAGAGGGUCCGUGGGUGAAACGAGCCCUGAGGUUGGCCAGGGGGCUCUACAUGCCUCAUGUGUCAAGGGUACCAAAAUACAAGAGUAAACUUCCUAUGAAUGAUUUCCAUGGCAUAAUGACAAAUCCCAACACGAAGCAAACAUUUAGAUAUCAAGAUAUGUGGAAUAAUCUGUUACAGAGGUUGCUUGAAAAGGGCCAAUUGGGUGAGUCGAUGUCAUGAAAAAAAUAACAGGCACAACACACAACUUAUUAAAGAUAUUUAAAUUUAACAUGAAAUUUACUCCUAGUACAAAAAAAAGUACAAAACUGCUAAUAAAAUUAUUUUAUACUGACGUGAA